UCUCCUCCACAAUCAUCAAACAUAUUAGUAAACCCAUAUUCUACUUUAUAGCAAAAUUUGUAAAAUUUUACGGAAAUGUUUUAGCUAUAAUUUACUGAGCAGCCAACAAACCUAUUUUAGCUAAUGCUAUUCGUGUUAAACAUAAAUCUCUGACUCAUUUACUGUAAACCAACAUAUCUGGCGCCCUGCUGAUUAGUUUUGCGUUUGGCUCUAGGUGGUUAGCAUGAGUUAGCUUAGCUAGUUAGCUAGCUCAAAGCGAACGCUAAAUUAAAACAUCUCAAUCCCACAGCGGUGAAAUUAACAGUGAAUUUAACAAUACAUCGACAUUUUCUGUUGAGAAUAUAUCGAAUGUGCUGUUCGUCGAAUGGAUCUUUCUGGAGACAAGCUUCUUGGAGAUGAAUUUAAAGUUGAAAAGAGCUGCUGCUCGCAGUUCGGGGUGAUUCUGCGGGCCCGCAGCGACCCGGCGGUGGUCGGCGACCGGAGAACACUGCGACAUCUGGCGGCUCUGGAAAAGACGUGCCGGCGGCCCGGUCGCGGUGUCUCCGCGCGGGGGGACGUCCCGCCGCGCGCGAGGGGGCUCCUGGCGGUGUGGAUGCUACAGGUGUGCGAGGAGCAGAAGUGCGAGCAGGAGGUGUUCCCGCUGGCCGCGCAUUACCUGGAUCACUACCUGAGCCUCGUCCGCGUCGAGCGGCCCCGGCUGCAGCUGCUGGGCGUCGUCUGCAUGCUCGUGGCCUCCAAGAUGAGGGAGACGGUUCCUCUGACGGCCGGCGCGCUCUGCGUCUACACCGACAACUCCGUGUCCGUCGCAGACGUCCUGAUGAACGCGUGUGUGUUGCAGCAGUGGGAGGUGGAGGUGGUGUCCAGGUUGGACUGGUGCCUGGCCUGUGUGGUGCCCUCGGACUUCCUGGAGCCGGUUCUUCACGCCCUGCCGGGUGUUGGGCCCGUCCACCUCCAGCACGUGCGCAGGCUGGUCCACUCCUAUGUUGCUCUGGCAACAACGGAUAGUGGCUUCUCGCCGUUCCUGCCCUCCACUCUUGCGUGUGCCUGUGUGACCUUUGCCCUGCGUGAACUGAAGCUAAUGGCCGCCGCCGUCUCUCCUGAGGCACUGAUGACAUUUCUGGCCAACCUCACGGCCACCGAUGUGAGCUCUACCUUCCUGUGCUAUGACAAGCUGGGGGCCGUGUGGGGCCUUAACCUUCCCCGCUGGUCUGAAGACGGCGUUUUCAGAUCGAGAGCCCACGGCUCAGAGGUCGACUUCACUCCUGCUGACUCUCAGGAUGCUGCACCGACCGCGAAGCCCCAGGUGGCGACGUUAAAACACUUCUCCAUGACAUCAGACGGGACGACUGUCUACAGCCAUGAGGGUGAAUAAGAGGCCUCAAUACAAAGUCAUGUAGUUUAACGCCACUCAUUGUUGCUCUGAAUUGUUCUUUGAAAGUUGCGUCAACAACAGUUUAAAGAAGUGUUUUUGUAUAUCAGGUUCUGUAAGAGAAGGUUUUGUAGACCAUGCAUUUUUUGUUUAAUUAGACUGAAUCCUAGUAGGAAUUAUUUAUACAGUAUAUGUGUUUACCUGGGUGUUGUAAAUAUAAAUAUACCUUUGUACUUUGAAAGUUCUGAUUAAAUUGAGGUGUAUGAUAAAUAUAUACAAACAUGUAAGACACAAAUUAGCCAAGA